CCGUUCCUGGCGCGUAGUCGCUGCGGCCCUUCGCUCCCGCCCCCGCCAGGAGUCCGACGUGGAAGUUGCUGGCGGACCGGACUUCCAAGGGAUUCGCUUGGGAGCCGAAGCCGGACCCGGAGGCCAAGGAGAGCAGAGGUGGAGGCGCCGAGGCCCGAAUAGGAGUAGCUGCCGAGGCCGGAGCCUGUCUCUGACCACCGACAAGGGCGGACAGGCGGUUCACCAUGGGUGGGUUUUUCUCAAGUAUUUUUUCCAGUCUGUUUGGAACUCGGGAAAUGAGGAUUUUAAUUUUGGGAUUAGAUGGAGCAGGAAAAACUACAAUUUUAUACAGAUUACAGGUUGGAGAAGUCGUUACUACUAUUCCUACUAUUGGAUUCAAUGUUGAGACGGUAACAUACAAGAACCUUAAAUUCCAAGUUUGGGAUUUAGGAGGACAGACAAGUAUCAGGCCAUACUGGAGAUGUUAUUAUUCAAACACAGAUGCAGUCAUUUAUGUGGUAGACAGUUGUGACCGAGAUCGAAUUGGCAUUUCCAAAUCAGAGUUAGUUGCUAUGUUGGAGGAAGAAGAGCUGAGAAAAGCUAUUUUAGUGGUGUUUGCAAAUAAGCAGGACAUGGAACAGGCCAUGACUCCCUCAGAGAUGGCAAAUUCACUUGGGUUACCGGCACUGAAGGACCGAAAAUGGCAAAUAUUCAAAACUUCAGCAACCAAAGGCACUGGCCUUGAUGAGGCAAUGGAAUGGUUAGUUGAAACAUUAAAGAGCAGACAGUAGUUCAGUCACUUCUACCCCUGUGAAAUGAAGACUACAUCCUAUAUCCCUUUGGAAAGAAACAGUUAAGUGUGCUUCAUGCUACUAAAUGUUAAAACUGUGUGAUUGUUGGCAUAUACUGAACUGAAUGCAAUAUUUGUAAUAAAUAUAAAAUAUAAGUAUUUGGUUGGAAGGGUAACUCACCCAUGAUUGAACCAACUGAAUGUUCUGUGUAAUGUAAAAUCCUCCCUUGCUUUCUUGUGUUAAGUAUAUAUUCUAUUUGUAUGGAAUUCUUAUUCAAAUAGAGUCCUAUUAAAGAAUGUACUCUUUCUGAGGAAAAACCCUCCUAUUUUUGAAUUAGUAGUUGCAGCUUGUUUGUAUAAACACUAAUAAAUAUCUUAACCUCGA